AUGCCCGAGCCUGUCGUGCCUGGAGAGCGACCGGCUGAGCCGCCCGCGCCCGGGGUGACGUGCGCUCAAGAUCAUCUGCGCCCGUUCCCCGCGGCUCCGACUCCCGAACGCGGGGUUGACCAGAUCGCGACAUCCAAGCCGACCAUGACCGGAAACCAGAACCAGAAUCAGAACGGAUCCGCUCAUCCUCAAGCUCCCAGCAAUGGUAUCGAUCAGCCUGGUCGUCACGAUUUCCAUGAUCCCAUUCCUCCUCUGCCGGAGGUGAUCGCACGCAUCCACGCCCGCGUCCAAGCCUUCCUCGCCGAGUCACACCCACCCGACUCGCUCCUCGCCGCAGUCCAGCGCCAGACUCGCAUCUCGCUGGACGUCGUCGCCCAAGCCCUGGCCCAGUACCAGUUCUCGGAGCUGUCGCUCUCCUACAACGGAGGCAAGGACUGUCUAGUCCUGCUGAUCCUCUUCCUCGCGGGCCUCCAUCCCCACGCCAGUGACGCACAAUUCACACCCCGUGCCGCUCAAGAUACACCCUCAACGGCAUCAACAACGCCAAACCCAACCAAAAAUGGAACUUUUACAUCAUCAUCAUCCUCCUCCUCCGCUGCCGCCACCACUUCUUUCUCUAUCUCCGAUAUCCCCUCGAUCUACGCCCUCCCGCCAGACCCUUUCCCCGCCGUUGAAGACUUCGUCCGCACCUCCGCCCAAGCUUACCACCUCUCGAUCACGAAAUACACCACUGACCCGCCCCACACAACUCUCCGCUCCAGCUUUGAGGACUACCUGACGCGGCACCCGGGCAUCCGGGCGAUCUUCGUCGGCACUCGACGGACAGAUCCGCACGGUGCCCAACUGACGCAUUUCGACCGGACGGACCACGGAUGGCCGGAUUUCAUGCGCAUCCACCCGGUCAUCGACUGGCACUAUACGGAAAUCUGGGCGUUUAUUCGGCACCUGGGACUGACUUACUGCUCACUCUACGACAUGGGCUACACUAGCUUGGGGGGCACGUCGGAUACGCAUCCUAACCCGCGGUUGGAGGUGGACGGUGAAGACGGCCGGUAUUUGCCGGCGUAUCAGCUUACGGAGGAUUUGGAGGAGAGACUGGGGCGGAAUUGA